AUGGCUGAAGUCAAGUGGACCGGGCCCCUGGUCCGCAAGACCUUCCUGGACUUUUUUGCAGAGAGGGGCCAUUCAAUCGUGCCAUCAUCCUCGGUUGUCCCGCACAAUGACCCCACCCUCCUCUUCACGAAUGCGGGCAUGAACCAGUUCAAGCCCAUCUUCCUUGGGACAAUUGGCAAGACUGAGCCUAUGGGCCAGCUGAAGCGUGCGGUCGAUACACAAAAGUGCAUUCGUGCAGGUGGCAAACACAAUGAUCUCGACGAUGUUGGCAAGGACAGCUACCACCAUACAUUCUUCGAAAUGUUGGGUAACUGGUCCUUCGGCGACUACUUCAAAAAGGAGGCGAUUCAAUGGUCAUGGGAACUCUUGACCAAGGUCUACGGUUUGGACCCAAAUCGGCUCUACGUUACAUACUUUGAGGGCAACCCGGCCAUGAACCUCGAGCCGGAUCUCGAGGCUAAGCAGCUAUGGCUUGAAGUUGGCGUGCCUGAGGACCACAUUCUGCCUGGUAACAUGAAGGACAAUUUCUGGGAGAUGGGGGACCAAGGGCCGUGCGGGCCUUGCAGCGAAAUUCACUACGACAAGGUUGGCGGACGGAAUGCCGCCCAUCUUGUGAACCAGGACGACCCCCUGGUGGUUGAGGUGUGGAAUAACGUGUUCAUGCAGUUUGACCGGCAGAAGGAUAAGACCCUCAAGCCUCUACCUGCAAAGCACAUCGACACCGGUAUGGGAUUCGAGCGACUGGUGUCUGCUCUUCAGAAUAAGACCUCCAACUACGCAACCGACAUAUUCACCCCGCUGUUUGAGAGAAUCAGGGAGGUCACCGGCACGAGGCCGUACACCGACAAGUACGGCAAAGAUGAUGUGGACGGAAUCGAUACCGCCUACCGUGUCGCCGCCGACCACAUUCGACUGCUAGCAUUCGCUAUCGCCGACGGUGCCGCGCCCAACAACAUUGGGAGGGGAUACGUCGUCAGGCGUGUCCUCCGGAGAGGCGUGCGAUAUGCCAGGAAAUACUUCCAGGCUGAGAUUGGUUCCUUCUUCUCCAGUAUUCUUCCGGCGCUCGUCGAGCAGAUGGGCGAGCAAUUUCCGGAGCUCAAGAAGAAGGCAGAAGACAUCAAGGAGAUUCUCGAUGAGGAGGAAGUCGCUUUCGCGGUCACGCUUGACCGCGGUGAGAAGCAGUUCGAGAAGUAUGCUUCGCUUGCGAUUAAGGGCGGCCAGAACAAACUCUCGGGUGCUGAUGUGUGGCGACUCUAUGACACCUUUGGUUUCCCCGAGGAUCUCACAAAACUAAUGGCCGAGGAACGUGGACUUACCAUUGACGAGGCUGAGGUUGAGGUUGCCCGGGAGAAGGCGAGGGAGGCCAGCAAGGCGGUCAAGGAGGCCGUCCAGACAUUUCCCAAGCUCAACGUGCACCAGAUUGCCGAGCUGGAGAGCACAAUCAAGAUCUCCCGCCCAGAUUCGGACCCUAAGUACCAAAAAGGAGACACCAAGGGCAAGGUGCAGCUCGUCUUCACAGGCAGCGAGUUCCGCACUACCAGCAAGGAGCUUCCACCGAAGACUCCUCUUGGGCUACUGCUUGAUAGGACCAAUUUCUACGCCGAGUCUGGUGGUCAAGUUGCCGACACUGGCCGGAUCAUUAUUGAUGGCGUUGCAGAGUUCAAGGUCCUCGACGUGCAAGAGUACGGCGGUUACAUCGUGCACAAUGGCUAUCUGGAGUACGGCGAACUCACCGCAGGCGACGAGGUAAUCUGCGAGUAUGACGAGUUGCGCCGCCAGCCAAUUCGCAACAACCACACUGGCACGCACAUUCUCAACCAUGCCCUGAGGGAGGUCCUUGGUGAUGAGGUUCAUCAGAAGGGGUCUCUUGUUGAUCAGGACAAGCUGCGCUUCGACUUCAGCCACAAGACUCAGGUCAGCCUUGAUGAGAUCAAGAAGAUUGAAGACAUGUCGAACGAAGACAUCCGGAGGAAUCUCAAGACAUAUGCCAAGGAUGUUGAUCUGGAUCUGGCCCGGCAGAUUGAGGGGGUUCGUGCUGUCUUUGGUGAGACGUACCCCAACCCUGUGCGGGUAGUGUCAAUUGGCGUGGAUGUCGACGAGCUCUUGAAGAACCCAAAGAACCCUGAAUGGCGCAAGGUUAGCGUAGAAUUCUGCGGCGGCACUCACGUUGAGGCGACAGGUCUCAUUAAGGACCUGGUCAUCGUCGAGGAAAGCGGUAUUGCGAAAGGCAUCCGACGUAUCGUCGCGUACACCGGUGAUGGUGCCCACCAGGCCCAGCAGGCCGCCAAGUCCUUCAGCGAGAAGCUCGACCACAUCCAGGCGCUGGAGUUCGGUCCACACAAGGCUGCCGAGAUCAAGGCGGCUGCGGUCGAGCUUGACGCGCUCACCAUUUCCGCCCUCACCAAGGAGGAGUUGCGGCAACGGUUCGCCAAGAUCCAGAAGGAGGUUGUCGACGAGCAAAAGAAGCGCCAGAAGGCCGAGAGCAAGACUGCACUCGACACCGUCCAGAGUCACUUCCAGAAAGAGGAGAACAAGGACGCCAAAUUCUUCGUCGGCCACCUCCCCAUCUCGGCCAACGCCAAGGCGAUCUCCGACGUCAUGACGUACUACAAGUCUAAGGAUAAGGAGCGGACUGUUUAUGUCUUUGCAGGCAGCAAGGACGAUGCGGUGAUGCACGGCGUCUAUGUCGGCACGCAUCUCUCGUCAAAGGGUAUUACCGCUGAGCAGUGGACCGCCGCCGUCACUGAGGUCAUUGGCGGCAAGACGGGCGGCAAGGAGCCGAGCCGCCAGGGCGCCGGAGCUGAGCCCGCCAAGCUUGACGAGGCGGUUGCCAAGGCCGAGCAAUGGUUGCUGGAGAAGAUGAAGGAGCUCAGCAUUUGA